CGAUUUUUUGUGGAGCAGGAAAGAUGUCGCGUUGCUGGUUGGUGUUUCUGGUGUUCGGAUUGUGUGGCCUAGCCCUGACCAAGGGGCUUCCCUUACAGGAGGAUCAGGGGGAUAAAUACCUCCCAGAUGGACGCAUUGUGGGCGGCUAUGUCUCGGAUAUAGCCCAGUGUCCGUACCAGAUCUCGUUGAGGUACAAGGGUAUAACGACGCCGGAGAAUCCUUUCCGCCAUCGCUGUGGAGGCUCUAUUAUUGCUGAUGACCUGAUAAUCACUGCCGCUCAUUGCGUCAUUGCCACGGUGGCGAGUCAGUACAAGGUGGUGGCCGCAUCCAACUACCGCACCGGAUCCGAUGGAGUGGUCACCAACGUCAAGCAGAUCAUAAUGCACGAAGACUACUUCACGGGAGCGGCCUACAACAACGACAUAGCGCUGUUGGUGGUGGAUCCCCCAUUGCCACUGAAUAAUUUCACCAUCAAGGCCAUCAAGUUGGCAUCGGAGCCCCCGCUACCAGGAGCUAUUAGCAAGAUCAGCGGCUGGGGCACCACAUCCUCUGGCGGUACUGCCUCCGACGUCCUCCUCGCCGUCGAUGUGCCCAUCGUGAGCAACGCGGAUUGCAAUGCGGACUACGAGAACUUCGGAGACGAAACCUACUAUAUCACCGACACCAUGUUGUGUGCCGGAAAGCGUGGAGUCGGCGGUGUGGAUGCCUGCCAGGGCGAUUCCGGCGGACCUUUGGUGGUACGCGACGAGCUCCACGGCGUCGUCUCCUGGGGCAAUGCCUGUGCCCUGGCCACCCACCCAGGAGUCUACGCCAAUGUGGCCAACCUCCGUUCGUGGAUCGAUGCCAGGAUUGCGGAACUUAAAGUCAAUACUCGUAAAUAAUUUUUUUUGCUAGCCGUGCUAGUUUCUAAUAAAUGUGGUUUUUCCACCAUGUGCCUUGGGCUAAUCCAA